GGGGAUUGGGGGGGCGCGAGAGGAGGAACUAUUUGGGGAAAUGACUGGCUUUCCUCCCCACCACCCCCGCCCUGGACACGGCACUGAAAUCCAUUUCCCGGGUGGAAUCCGAAAAACCCGCUCACGGAUGUACACGCAGACGUGUGCAUAUUUAAACGCACGUGUGCAAGUAAAUUCUCUGUGAUUUCCUUUUCUUUUUUUCUUUUUUUCAGUUAAAUCGCGGGCUAACGAAUGGGGGACGCCUGCCUGCCAUACCCAGUUACUACUGUAGUCGCAGGCGUCCCAUUGUCGCGUCGUGAGCAUCGGUGGGCUCAGGCUUUUCUAUCACCGUUGCCCUAAAAGCAACGCAGAUUUGGGAUUAAAAUAUCCCCUGAAUAUGCCUCUGUGUUUGCAGGCUGCAGUGGAGAGGUCCCUACCAUAAUAUUUCUUGGACUGCUUUUCUCAGGCAGAUUUGAUCUAUUCGGGGAGGGGAAGGGGGAAAAACAAAACCAAGCUCCUUGAUUUCAAAUAUUGUGGGGAGUUUAAGGGCGAGCGGAUCAGGGCUCUGAGAGGCUCACUAGUGGUUUGUGGUGAUUGCUCCAAGGAGGCAGACCGAGGUGGAUUUGGGUGGAGGGGAAAACCGCGCAGGAAAAGAAGGAAUCCAGAGCAGCGGAGACUCUGCCCCCGUUGGAGAGAUGGUUGAGUCCUCGUCAAGGUUGCUGUGGUAUCCCAGAAACACCAUUCACUCCGAGCUGUGACCGCGCACCAACAACAGCAACAACUCCACUGCGCUGGCCAAGCAGCACGAAUUAGGAGCUGGUGAAUAAUAUGCAAGGGAUCCGCAGAGGGGAAAGCCGACCGAAGGAAUCCAAGCCCCGCGAGCCUGGCAGGAAAACAUGCGCUAAAUGUGGCUGCCUCGACUUCCUCCUGAUGAAGAAAAUGGGGAUUAAAAGUGGAUUUACGUUUCGGAACCUGGUCUUUUUGCUGACAGUGUCGUGCGUGAAAGGAUUUAUUUAUACAUGUGGUGGAACUUUAAAAGGACUUAAUGGCACUAUAGAAAGCCCUGGUUUUCCAUAUGGAUAUCCAAAUGGCGCAAACUGUACAUGGGUAAUAAUAGCAGAAGAAGGAAAUAGAAUACAAAUUGUGUUUCAGUCAUUUGCACUAGAAGAAGAAUACGACUACUUAUCCUUGUAUGAUGGACACCCUCAUCCUACAAACUUUAGGACAAGGUUAACAGGUUUCCAUCUGCCACCACCCGUGACCAGUACCAAAUCCGUGUUCUCGCUGCGUCUGACCAGUGACUUCGCUGUGAGUGCCCAUGGGUUUAAAGUGUAUUAUGAAGAAUUGCAGAGUAGUUCUUGUGGAAAUCCUGGAGUUCCUCCCAAAGGUGUAUUAUAUGGUACAAGGUUUGAUGUUGGGGACAAGAUCCGCUACAGCUGUGUAACUGGAUAUAUCCUGGAUGGCCACCCUCAGCUCACCUGCAUAGCCAGUUCAGUGAACACAGCCUUGUGGGAUUUUCCUGUUCCUAUCUGUAGAGCUGAAGAUGCUUGUGGAGGAACAAUGAGAGGAUCCAGUGGUAUCAUAUCCAGCCCUAGUUUUCCUAAUGAAUACCAUAACAAUGCAGAUUGCACUUGGACCAUUGUAGCAGAGCCUGGGGACACAAUUUCACUCAUAUUUACUGAUUUCCAAAUGGAAGAAAAAUAUGAUUACUUAGAAAUAGAAGGUUCUGAGCCACCUACAAUAUGGUUAUCUGGAAUGAAUAUACCACCACCAAUUAUCAGCAACAAAAACUGGCUCAGACUCCAUUUUGUUACAGACAGCAAUCACCGAUAUCGUGGAUUUAGUGCUCCGUAUCAAGGUUCUUCUACAUUGACCCACACUACCUCCACUGGUGAGUUAGAGGAGCAUAACAGGACUACCACUGGUGCUAUUGCUGUUGCUAGCACCCCUGCAGAUGUUACUGUAUCCAGUGUUACAGCUGUCACCAUCCAUAGAGUUUCCGAGGAACAGCGAGUGCAAGUUACGCAUCUCAGAAAUUCAGGUCUGGACCCCAACACAUCCAAGGACGGGCUCUCUCCUCAUCAAGCAGAUACACAAAGUACAAGGAGAAGACCAAGAAAUGCUGAACAGAUAGAAAGAACUAAAGAACUUGCAGUUGUUACUCAUAGAGUGAAAAAGGCCAUAGAUUUUAAAUCUAGAGGAUUUAAAUUGUUUCCAGGGAAAGACAACAGCAACAAGUUUUCUAUCUUAGAUGAUAAAGGUGUCACAAAAGUGUCAAAUAGCUGCCCACAAGAAAAGGAGCCUGAUCAUUGUAUUUUCUAAUCAUAUUUUACAUCCUUUUUUUUCAAUUUUAGCCUUGGAUCCACUGUUCAGUUCUCUUGUGAUGAAGAUUAUGUUCUACAGGGAGCAAAGAGCAUAACCUGCCAGAGAAUAGCUGAAGUCUUUGCUGCAUGGAGUGACCACAGGCCAGUAUGCAAAGUGAAAACGUGUGGCUCUAAUCUUCAAGGACCAAGUGGUACCUUUACGUCUCCCAACUUUCCAUUCCAGUAUGACAGCAAUGCACAGUGUGUCUGGGUCAUCACAGCAGUGAAUACAAAUAAGGUUAUCCAGAUAAAUUUUGAAGAAUUUGAUCUUGAGAUUGGCUAUGAUACCUUGACAAUUGGUGAUGGCGGUGAAGUUGGAGACCCUCGGACAGUGCUCCAAGUGCUAACUGGCAGCUUUGUACCGGACUUGAUAGUGAGCAUGAGUAGCCAAAUGUGGCUGCACCUUCAGACAGAUGAAAGUGUUGGAUCUGUUGGCUUCAAGGUUAACUACAAAGAAAUCGAGAAAGAAAGCUGUGGUGACCCUGGCACACCAUUAUAUGGAAUUAGAGAAGGCGAUGGGUUUUCUAAUCGUGAUACUUUAAGGUUCGAAUGUCAGUUUGGGUUUGAAUUAAUUGGAGAGAAAUCCAUUGUUUGUCAAGAGAAUAACCAAUGGUCUGCAAACAUACCCAUCUGUAUCUUUCCUUGUCUCUCCAACUUUACUGCACCGAUGGGAACAGUUCUUUCUCCAGAUUACCCGGAAGGGUAUGGAAAUAAUUUAAAUUGUAUCUGGACUAUCAUCUCCGACCCGGGAAGUCGAAUACACCUCUCUUUCAAUGACUUCGAUUUGGAAUCCCAGUUUGACUUCCUGGCCGUUAAAGACGGUGAUUCUCCGGACUCCCCCAUUCUUGGAACCUUCACGGGGGCCGAGGUUCCUUCGCAUCUUACGAGUAAUAGUCACAUACUGAGGCUGGAAUUUCAGGCUGACCACUCGAUGUCAGGACGCGGAUUUAAUAUCACUUACAACACUUUUGGACACAAUGAGUGCCCUGAUCCUGGAAUUCCAAUCAAUGCACGACGGUUUGGGGACAACUUUCAAUUAGGAAAUUCGAUUUCAGUUAUUUGUGAAGAAGGAUUUAUUAAAACCCAGGGAACAGAAACAAUUACAUGUAUUCUUAUGGAUGGGAAAGUAAUGUGGAGUGGACCAAUCCCGAGAUGUGGAGCUCCCUGUGGUGGCCAUUUCUCAGCUCCAAGUGGAGUCAUUCUUUCUCCGGGUUGGCCAGGAUACUACAAAGACUCUCUGAACUGUGAGUGGGUGAUCGAAGCUGAACCUGGACACUCUAUCAAAAUUACAUUUGAAAGGUUUCAGACUGAACUAAAUUAUGAUGUUCUGGAAGUUCAUGACGGGUCAAAUCUUCUGUCACCCUUGCUUGGAUCUUACAAUGGCACGCAAGUGCCCCAGUUUCUCUUCAGUAGCAGUAAUUUUAUAUACCUUCUAUUUACAACAGACAACAGCCGUUCUAAUAAUGGCUUCAAGAUUCAUUAUGAAAGUGUUACUGUGAAUACAUAUUCUUGCUUGGACCCCGGCAUACCUGUCCAUGGCCUUCGCUAUGGUCAUGAUUUCUCUAUUGGAUCUACUGUUUCUUUCAGUUGUGAUCCAGGAUACAGGUUGAGCCAUGAAGAGCCUCUUCUAUGUGAAAAAAACCACUGGUGGAGCCAUCCACUGCCAACCUGUGAUGCACUUUGUGGAGGAGACGUCAGAGGGCCAAGUGGAACAAUCUUAUCACCUGGUUACCCUGAAUUUUAUCCAAAUUCUUUGAAUUGUACAUGGACUGUUGAUGUAACCCAUGGAAAAGGCGUGCAGUUCAACUUCCACACUUUCCACCUGGAAGACCAUCAUGAUUACUUGCUGAUCACAGAGAAUGGGAGUUUUACCCAACCACUGGCCCGCCUCACUGGUUCAGAGCUUCCCUCAACAAUCAAUGCUGGUCUCUACGGAAACUUCAGAGCUCAACUGCGUUUCAUUUCAGAUUUCUCAAUAUCAUAUGAAGGGUUCAACAUUACAUUCUCUGAGUAUAACCUCGAACCUUGCGAAGACCCUGGGAUUCCUCAGUAUGGUAGCCGCGUUGGGUUCAGCUUUGGCGUUGGUGACACUUUGACCUUCUCCUGCUCACUGGGUUACCGGCUGGAAGGCGCAUCCGAGGUCAUCUGUCUUGGUGGUGGUCGGCGAGUGUGGAGUGCACCCCUGCCAAGGUGUGUGGCUGAAUGUGGUGCAUCUGCAACAAAUAAUGAAGGAAUUUUGCUUUCUCCAAAUUAUCCACUCAACUACGAAAACAACCAUGAGUGCAUUUAUAGCAUUCAGGUUCAAGCAGGAAAAGGAAUCAACAUCUCAGCCAGAACAUUUCAUUUAGCACAAGGAGAUGUCCUUAAGAUUUAUGAUGGAAAGGAUAAAACGACACACCUAUUAGGUGCUUUUACUGGUGCAUCUAUGCGAGGACUCACACUUAGUAGUACUUCAAAUCAGCUCUGGCUAGAAUUUAAUUCUGAUUCUGAAGGGACAGAUGAAGGCUUUCAACUUGUUUAUACUAGUUUUGAACUUUCACAUUGUGAAGAUCCUGGCAUUCCACAAUUUGGGUACAAGAUCAGUGACCAAGGCCACUUUGCAGGGAGCACCAUCAUUUAUGGCUGCAACCCUGGCUACACCCUCCAUGGAAGCAGCCUUCUCAAGUGCAUGACGGGGCAGAGAAGGGCGUGGGACUACCCCCUGCCUUCCUGUAUUGCGGAAUGUGGAGGUCGUUUUAAAGGAGAAUCAUCAGGAAGAAUCUUAUCUCCUGGUUAUCCUUUUCCAUAUGAUAAUAAUCUGCGUUGCAUGUGGAUGAUAGAAGUGGAUCCAGGAAACAUUGUCAGCCUACAGUUUCUUGCCUUUGACACCGAAGCAUCACAUGAUAUACUCCGAGUCUGGGAUGGCCCUCCUGAAAAUGAGAUGCUUCUGAAGGAAAUCAGUGGGUCUCUUAUCCCUGAAGGGAUCCACAGCACCCUCAACAUUGUGACUAUCCAGUUUGAUACAGAUUUUUACAUCAGUAAAUCUGGAUUUGCCAUUCAGUUUUCAAGUUCAGUUGCCACUGCGUGUCGUGACCCAGGGGUUCCCAUGAACGGGACUCGAAACGGUGAUGGAAGAGAACCUGGUGACACUGUUGUUUUUCAAUGUGACCCUGGAUAUGAACUUCAGGGACAAGAAAGAAUAACCUGCAUUCAGGUAGAAAAUCGAUACUUCUGGCAGCCCAGCCCACCAGUCUGUAUAGCACCCUGUGGAGGCAAUCUAACGGGAUCUUCAGGCUUUAUUCUUUCACCAAAUUUCCCUCAUCCGUACCCGCAUAGCAGGGACUGCGAUUGGACCAUCGCCGUCAACACCGACUACGUCAUCUCCCUGGCAUUUAUCAGUUUCAGCAUAGAACCAAACUAUGACUUCCUCUAUAUAUAUGAUGGACCAGACAGUAAUAGUCAGCUCAUUGGAAGUUUUCAAGACAGCAAGUUACCAGAGAGAAUAGAAAGCAGCUCAAAUACCAUGCAUCUGGCUUUCCGGAGUGAUGGAUCUGUUAGUUACACCGGAUUUCAUUUAGAAUACAAAGCAAAACUGCGGGAGUCUUGCUUUGAUCCAGGCAAUAUAAUGAAUGGUACCAGGCUUGGAAUGGAUUAUAAAUUAGGGUCCACAGUCACCUAUUACUGUGAUGCUGGCUAUGUUCUUCAGGGAUAUUCAACACUGACCUGCAUCAUGGGGGAUGAUGGGAGACCCGGAUGGAACAGAGCCCUGCCAAGCUGUCAUGCACCCUGUGGAAGUCGUUCAACAGGAUCAGAAGGCACUGUUCUGUCACCAAACUAUCCAAAAAAUUAUAGUGUGGGACAUAAUUGCGUUUAUUCUAUAGCAGUGCCCAAGGAGUUUGUGGUGUUUGGCCAGUUUGUAUUUUUCCAGACAUCGCUCCACGAUGUUGUUGAGGUGUAUGAUGGGCCAACUCAGCAAUCUCCUCUGUUAUCUUCCCUCUCAGGAUCCCACUCAGGAGAAUCACUUCCACUGAGUUCAGGUAAUCAGAUCACAAUUCGAUUUACUUCAGUUGGACCAAUAACAGCUAAGGGAUUUCACUUUGUUUACCAAGCUGUUCCUAGAACGAGCUCUACACAAUGCAGUUCCGUGCCUGAACCAAGAUUUGGAAAAAGAAUUGGCAAUGAAUUUGCAGUUGGUUCGUUGGUUCUUUUUGAAUGUAAUCCAGGAUAUAUUCUCCAUGGAUCCAUAGCAAUUAGGUGUGAUACAGUGCCUAAUUCUUUGGCCCAGUGGAAUGAUUCCUUACCUACAUGUAUCGUGCCCUGUGGAGGAAUUUUAACUAAGCGCAAAGGGACUAUUUUGUCUCCUGGAUAUCCUGAGCCUUAUGACAACAAUCUGAAUUGUGUGUGGAAGAUCACAGUGCCAGAGGGAGCUGGCAUUCAAGUGCAAGUGGUAAGCUUCGCCACAGAACACAACUGGGACUCUCUGGACUUUUAUGAUGGAGGAGACAACAAUGCUCCAAGACUUGGAAGUUAUUCAGGAACAACAAUACCCCAUCUUUUGAACAGUACAUCUAACAAUUUAUAUUUAAAUUUUCAAUCUGACAUCAGUGUUUCUGCUGCAGGCUUUCAUCUUGAAUACACAGCAAUUGGUUUGGAUUCUUGUCCUGAGCCACAAACUCCUAGCAGUGGAAUUAAAAUUGGAGACAGAUACAUGGUUGGUGAUGUGGUAUCCUUCCAGUGUGAUCAAGGCUAUUCUCUUCAGGGCCAUUCUCACAUUACAUGUAUGCCUGGGCCGGUCAGAAGAUGGAAUUAUCCCAUCCCAAUUUGUUUGGCUCAGUGUGGUGGUGGUAUGUCAGAUUUCAGUGGUGUGAUCCUCAGUCCUGGCUUUCCCGGAAACUACCCCAGCAGUUUGGAUUGCACGUGGACAAUAAAGUUGCCCAUAGGAUUUGGUGUACAUCUCCAGUUUGUCAAUUUUUCUACAGAAACCAUACACGAUUACCUGGAAGUAAGAAGUGGAUCAUCGGAAAUGAGUACUGUCAUUGGUCGGCUUAGUGGUCCCCAAAUACCAUCUUCCCUUUUCAGCACAACCCAUGAAACCAGUUUGUAUUUCCACAGUGACUAUUCACAGAACAAACAGGGCUUUCACAUUGUAUACCAAGCCUAUCAAUUGCAAAGCUGUCCCGAUCCACGCCCAUUUCGAAAUGGUUUUGUAAUUGGCAAUGAUUUCACUGUGGGUCAGACCAUUUCGUUCGAAUGUUUCCCAGGAUACACCUUAAUAGGAAAUUCAGCUCUCACGUGCCUUCACGGAGUCAGUCGUAAUUGGAAUCAUCCACUUCCAAGGUGUGAAGCUCUUUGUGGUGGGAAUAUAACUGCAAUGAAUGGCACUAUUUAUUCUCCUGGAUACCCUGAUGAAUAUCCAAACUUUCAAGAUUGCUUUUGGCUUGUGGGAGUACCUCCGGGGAAUGGAAUCUACAUCAAUUUUACUGUCCUUCAAACAGAACCAAUCUAUGAUUUCAUUACUGUAUGGGAUGGACCAGACCAAAAUUCCCCUCAGAUUGGGCAGUUCAGUGGCAAUACUGCUUUGGAAUCCGUGUACAGCACUUCCAAUCAGAUCCUCAUAAAAUUCCACAGUGAUUUCACAACAAGUGGCUUUUUUGUGCUCAGUUAUCAUGCCUAUCAACUAAGAGUGUGCCAGCCCCCACCACGAGUUGCCAAUGCUGAAAUUUUGACAGAAGAUGAUGAAUUUGAAAUAGGUGAUAUUAUUAGAUAUCAGUGCCUUCCAGGAUUCACCCUGGUGGGAAAUGCAAUCCUGACCUGCAGGUUAGGAGAGAGACUGCAGAUGGAUGAAGCACCUCCAGUUUGUCAAGUGCUCUGUCCCGCCAAUGAGUUACGGUUGGAUUCUACAGGAGUCAUAUUGAGCCCCGGGUACCCCGACAGUUACCCUAAUCUUCAGAUGUGCGCCUGGAGCAUUUCGGUGGAAAAGGGUUAUAAUAUCAGCAUGUUUGUAGAAUUCUUCCAGACAGAAAAGGAGUUUGAUGUUCUUCAGGUGUAUGAUGGACCAAAUAUUCAAAGUCCAGUGCUUGUUUCUCUCAGUGGGGAUUAUUCAUCUGCUUUUAAUAUAACAAGCAAUGGUCACGAAGUAUUUCUUCAGUGGUCAGCAGAUCAUGGCAAUAACAAAAAAGGCUUCCGGAUAAGAUACAUAGCGUUCUACUGCAGUACCCCGGAGUCUCCACCGCAUGGAUACAUCAUCAGCCAGACGGGUGGGCAGCUUAACAGCGUGGUCCGCUGGGCCUGCGACCGCGGCUUCCGGCUUAUUGGGAAGAGCAGCGCCGUCUGCCGGAAGUCCUCCUAUGGGUACCAUGCGUGGGACGCUCCCGUUCCAGCCUGUCAAGCAAUUUCCUGUGGCAUUCCUAAAGCACCAACAAAUGGAGGGAUACUCACAACAGACUACUUGGUAGGAACUAGAGUUACCUACUUUUGUAAUGAUGGAUACAGAUUGUCAUCCAAGGAACUCACCACUGCCUCCUGCCAGUCAGACGGGACAUGGAGCAACCAUAACAAGACCCCACGUUGCGUUGUUGUUACAUGUCCAAGCAUCAACUCUUUUACUCUGGAACAUGGAAGAUGGAGAAUUGUAAAUGGAUCACAUUAUGAAUACAAAACCAAGGUAGUUUUCAGCUGCGACCCUGGUUAUCAUGGACUAGGUCCUGCUUCUAUUGAAUGCCUUGCGAAUGGUACCUGGAGUUGGAGAAAUGAAAGACCAUACUGCCAAAUUAUUUCCUGUGGAGAACUACCUACGCCUCCAAAUGGAAAUAAGAUUGGAACGCAGACUUCAUACGGCUCAACAGCUAUUUUUACCUGUAAUUCAGGAUUCAUGCUUGUGGGCUCCACUGUCCGGGAAUGCCUUUCCUCAGGUCUUUGGAGUGGAUCUGAAACCAGAUGCUUAGCGGGUCACUGUGGAAUUCCUGAACUCAUUGUGAAUGGUCAAGUUAUUGGAGAAAAUUAUGGAUACAGAGACACAGUUGUGUACCAGUGCAAUCCUGGCUUCCGGCUGAUCGGCUCUUCAGUGAGGAUAUGUCAGCAGGAUCACAAUUGGUCUGGUCAGCUCCCAUCCUGUGUGCCUGUUAGCUGUGGUCACCCUGGUAGUCCGAUUUAUGGAAGAACAAGUGGAAAUGGAUUCAAUUUUAACGAUGUGGUAACAUUCUCCUGCAAUACUGGGUAUCUCAUGCAAGGGCCCACCAAAGCACAGUGCCAGACCAACCGGCAGUGGAGCCACCCUCCACCCGUGUGCAGAGUUGUCAACUGUUCCGAUCCUGGAAUUCCAGCCAAUUCCAAAAGAGAAAGUAAAAUAGAACAUGGAAAUUUCACCUAUGGCACUGUGGUAUUUUAUGACUGCAAUCCUGGCUAUUUUUUAUUUGGAUCUUCAGUUUUGAUAUGUCAACCAAAUGGACAAUGGGACAAGCCUUUACCAGAAUGUAUCAUGAUUGACUGCGGACACCCUGGCGUUCCCCCUAAUGCGGUCCUGUCUGGCGAGAAGUACAGUUUUGGGGCUACUGUUCACUACACCUGCACAGGGAAGCGUUCCCUUCUAGGCCUGUCAUCGAGAACCUGUCAACUGAAUGGACACUGGAGUGGCGCGCAGCCUCAUUGUUCAGGUGAUGCUACUGGCACAUGUGGAGACCCAGGAACUCCAGGUCAUGGUUCUAGACAGGAGAGUGAUUUCAGAACUAAAAGCACUGUACGUUUCGCUUGCUAUACGGGUUACAUCAUUCAUGGUUCUGAAGAAAGAACAUGUUUAGCCAAUGGCAGUUGGAGUGGAAGGCAGCCAGAAUGCAAAGCUGUGCAGUGUGGUAACCCAGGAACAACAGCCAAUGGGAAAGUCUUUCGAAUUGAUGGCACAACAUUUUCCAGUUCAGUCAUCUAUUCCUGCAUGGAAGGAUAUAUUCUUUCUGGACCUUCAGUUAGACAGUGCACAGCCAAUGGGACAUGGUCAGGAAGCUUGCCUAACUGUACAAUCAUCAGUUGUGGAGACCCCGGUAUCCCUGCCAACGGACUAAGAUACGGGGAUGAUUAUGUGGUGGGACAAAAUGUUUCCUACAUGUGCCAGCCGGGGUACACAAUGGAAAUGAAUGGCUCCAGAGUCAGAACUUGCACCACGAACGGCACAUGGAGUGGAGUGAUGCCCACUUGCAGAGCUGUUACCUGCCCAGCUCCUCCCCAGAUCUCUAAUGGAAGGCUGGAAGGAACAAAUUUCGACUGGGGCUUUAGUAUUAGCUACAUCUGUUCCCCGGGAUACGAACUCUCCUUCCCCGCUGUCUUGACCUGUGUAGGGAAUGGUACCUGGAGUGGUGAAGUGCCACAGUGCUUGCCCAAGUUUUGUGGUGACCCUGGGGUCCCCUCCCAAGGAAAGCGAGAAGGCAAAAGCUUCAUAUACCAAUCAGAAGUUUCGUUCAGCUGCAAUUCUCCUUUCAUAUUAGUAGGAUCAAGCACCAGAAUAUGUCAAGCAGAUGGCACUUGGAGUGGCUCAGCACCUCACUGCAUAGAACCAACUCGUACCACGUGUAAAAAUCCAGGUGUGCCCCGGCAUGGAUCUCAGAAUGAUACAUUCGGAUUUCAAGUAGGAAGUGUUGUACAGUUCCAUUGCAAAAAAGGUCACCUGCUACAAGGGUCUACAACCCGUACUUGCCUCCCUGACCUUACAUGGAGUGGAAUUCAGCCAGAAUGCAUACCCCACAGCUGUAAACAGCCAGAAGCUCCUGCUCAUGCGAAUGUGGUGGGAAUGGACCUCCCAUCUCAUGGGUACACCCUCAUUUACACCUGCCAGCCCGGCUUCUUCUUAGCGGGUGGGACAGAACACAGAGUGUGUAGAUCUGAUAACACUUGGACGGGAAAAGUUCCUGUUUGUGAAGCUGGUUCCAAAAUAUUGGUGAAAGAUCCUAGACCUGCACUAGGGACACCCAGUCCAAAGCUAAGUGUCCCGGAUGAUGUGUUUGCCCAGAAUUAUAUAUGGAAAGGCUCUUACAAUUUCAAGGGAAGGAAACAGCCCAUGACAUUGACGGUGACUAGUUUCAAUGCCUCCAGUGGGAGAGUCAACGCAACACUGAGCAACAGCAACAUGGAGCUGCUCCUUUCAGGGGUCUAUAAAAGCCAGGAGGCUCGCCUAAUGCUACACAUAUAUUAUAUUAAAGUACCAGCUCAUACUUCUAUGAAGAGAAUGAAGGAGGAAAAUUGGGCCAUGGAUGGCUUUGUGUCUGCUGAACCUGAUGGAGCUACUUAUGUAUUUCAAGGAUUUAUUCAAGGCAAAGAUUAUGGUCAAUUUGGACUACAAAGACUGGGACUGAAUAUGUCAGAAGGUUCAAAUUCUUCGAAUCAACCUCAUGGUACAAAUAGUAGUUCUGUGGCCAUUGCUAUUCUUGUGCCUUUUUUUGCACUAAUAUUUGCAGGAUUUGGAUUUUAUCUUUAUAAACAAAGGACUGCACCCAAAACACAGUACACAGGAUGCUCAGUUCACGAAAAUAACAAUGGCCAGGCGGCUUUUGAGAACCCUAUGUACGACACCAACGCCAAGGCGGUGGAAGGCAAGGCAGUGCGGUUCGACCCCAACCUGAACACGGUCUGCACAAUGGUAUAAUGCGGCGAUCUACUGCCUUCCUUGGAGUCGCGGAAAUCGACACACAACACAGUGCACAUUUAGUUCACUGCUAAACAAAGCACACUUUUCAGGACUUGCUGGGUCACCUUUCCCUGAGGAAUGAGAGAGAAGAGUGUUUUUUCAUAAACUGGAUCAUAAUUCUUCUUCAUGUUUACCAUGGAGAGCUUUACAGGAAUUCGGCUGCACUCUGGGAGUGCUUACUCACAGUUUAUUUGCUUUUUUAAAAAGGAGAUUAUUCUAAAACAUAAACUUAUUUGCAUAUAUUGGAGGAGCAUCCACUAUCAGUAUUUCUGUGCUUUAUAAACUAUAUUAGAGGGACUGGGUUAAAAAAAGAUAUAGGGUAGAAAAUAAGAGCUAUACUUACAAGAGUCAAUAGAUCAUUGACUGCUCUUUAACUGUCACGAGCUACAUCUCACUCUAAGUCUGUAUUUCACAUCACGCUACCUGCUGUUCAUGCUUCUCACUCACAGCAUUGUUUUCCUUAUUUCCAAGGGGAUUUAUGAUUGAGUCUUGCCUUUAAAUGAUUAUGAGCUCAUUUAAUCAACUGAAGAGUUAAGACUGCCCACCCGGAUUUGGCUUUCUCAUUCUCGUUCUUCAGUGUCACAUUUCUUUUAUUCUUUCAGACUGCUCAUUAUAGUUUGUGCAAAAGCUUAGGUCUUUGAGCUUCCCUCCUGACUUCCCCAUUACAGAGUAACCAGUUGUUUGAUGCCUUUCUGCAGUGUUUUUUCAUCCACAAACCAUGUUGGCUGAAAAAUAUUGUCUAACAAACAUGGUAUUUUGCAGUUAAGUGAGACACCAAGCUUAUUACCAUCCUUUGCCAAAUUCCCAAUGCUUUUAAAAAACCAAAUAAAAUCUAUUAAGUCUAUACUAUAUUUAAGUUAUUAUAUCUCUACAUAUCUUUCCAGUUGAGCCUUCAAAUUUAACACUAUUGACAGUUUCCAGCUUUUUCCAGCAAUGAAUUAGAAAUGUAUUUUGCCUAGCUCCUUAACACAAUGACUAAAAAUGAAAAAAGACCUUCUUUAAAAUCACCAAUACAAAUUGAUUACCUAAAAUUGCAAAUUUAUCAAUUUUCACCUUUUGAAAUUUCUAUACCCCUUAUUCAUAAAAAGCAGCUUUCAGAUACAAGUUUCUUCGAUGACCAAGUUAUGUGUUUGUAAAUUAUUGGUGGCUCAUUACAGCUAUUUCACACAAUAAUGCCAGCAUUUUCAUUUAAUAGGUUAUGGUGUUUCUUUUUUUUUUUUUUUAGCAUUUUUCACUUCAUUGAGUAAAAAACGUACCCAGUGUAAACUCUUUGUUGUUGUCCCUUUUGAAUAUGGAUUACUCUGUGAAUGGUUCUACUGGUAUUUUGUACCAUGAGACAGAGUGCCAAGAGAAACCUCUGCACCCGGGGGUGCUGCUUGGAUCUAUCUCUACAUUUAGUGAAUUUCUUGUAAACCACUUUGAGAUACAUUGUUUUGGAAAUCCAUGCAGUUUUCUCAACAUUGUACUCUACUGACAGGAUGCGGUUUUAAAUCUUAUGCCAUCAGUUAUUUAUUCUUGUUUAUUCAAAUGACUGCAAUAACAAUGAUUCAUUCACUAAUGUUAAGGUUAAUACAUUUAAGAUCUUGUUUAAACAAUGUUUCUUCUGCAACUGGCUACUCCUCUUAUAUUAAUGCAUACACUUUUGUAAAGAAGUAUAUUUUUAUGAAAAAAAGACUUUGUAAAAGUAUGAUGUAAAUUUUCAGUGCAAUGUAAACGAAUAAAAAUGGAUAAUUGCUUUUGUAAAA